GCAGCUGUCCCACGAGGACAGAAUCACCGAGCUGUCAGGCAUGGGCGUAGGAGUGUGGUCCAAGGGCACUUGGAGCGAUUGGCAAAGGCAGAGGCAGGAGCCAGCGGGGUAGGAGAGGAGCUGCACAUCUGGAGCAGAAUGUCCACCAAAGGCAAACACCCACAACCUGAGCCGGGGAUGGACCCUUUUGAGGAGAAGCUACAGAGGCUGAAGGAGGCCUUCGACACAGGGAAGACAAAGACAGCUAAGUUCAGGGCUGAGCAGCUGCGGAGCCUGGGCCGCUUCCUGCAGGACAGCAGCAAGCAGCUUCAUGACGCCCUGCACGAAGACCUGGGCAAGUCAGCCUUGGAGUCAGACAUGAGUGAGAUCAUCCUGUGCCAGAAUGAGGUGGACCUGGCCCUCAAGAACCUGCAGACCUGGAUGAAGGACGAGCCCGUGGCCACCAACUUGGUCACCAAGCUAAGCUCAGCCUUCAUCAGGAAAGAGCCCUUUGGCCUGGUGCUCAUCAUCGCCCCCUGGAAUUACCCUUUGAACUUGACAAUCACGCCUUUAGUGGGGGCCAUUGCUGCAGGAAACUGUGUGAUACUGAAGCCAUCAGAAAUUAGCAAGAACACAGAGAAGGUGCUGGCAGAGCUGCUACCCCAGUAUCUGGACCAGAGCUGCUUUGCUGUGGUGCUGGGUGGGCCUGAGGAGACUGGGCAGCUGCUGAAACACAAGUUUGACUACAUCUUCUUCACGGGGAGUCCUCGGGUCGGCAAGAUCGUCAUGGCUGCUGCUGCCAAACACCUGACCCCCAUCACCCUGGAGCUGGGGGGUAAGAACCCCUGCUAUGUGGAUGACACCUGCGACCCCCAGAUAGUGGCCAACCGUGUGGCCUGGUUCCGCUACUUCAACGCGGGCCAGACCUGCGUGGCCCCCGACUAUGUCCUGUGUAGCCAGGAGAUGCAGGAGCGGUUGGUGCCCGCCCUGCAGAAUGCCAUCACACGUUUCUAUGGAGACAACCCACAGACCUCCCCCAACCUGGGCAGAAUCAUCAACCAGAAGCAUUUCAAGCGGCUCCAGGGACUGCUGGGCUGCGGCCGUGUGGCCAUCGGGGGCCAGAGUGACGAGGGAGAGCGCUACAUUGCACCCACGGUGUUAGUGGAUGUGCAGGAGACAGAGCCCGUGAUGCAGGAGGAGAUCUUUGGGCCCAUCCUGCCCCUGGUGACUGUGAGGAGCCUGGAUGAGGCCAUUGAGUUCAUCAAGCGGCGGGAGAAGCCCCUGGCGCUGUAUGCCUAUUCCAGCAGCGUGGAGGUCAUCAAACAGGUGUUGGCCCAGACCAGCAGCGGGGGUUUCUGCGGGAACGACGGCUUCAUGCACAUGACCCUGUCCAGCCUUCCUUUUGGAGGAGUGGGAUCGAGUGGGAUGGGCAGGUACCACGGCAAGUUCUCCUUUGACACCUUUUCCAACCAGCGUGCCUGUCUGCUGAGCUGCUCUGGGAUGGAAAAGCUUAACGGCCUCCGUUACCCGCCCUAUAGUCCCCGUAGGCAGCAGCUGCUAAGAUGGGCCAUGGGCUCUGAGAGCUGCACCCUUCUGUGAAUACCACCCUGACUC